GGGAGGCGGCUUGAGUGGGAGUUGCUUAUCUGAGUCUCUCGACGCUCACGCAUCAAACACCACAAUCGCCAUGGAUUUAAUCUCACUCUCAUCUGCUCUAAACCCUGCUUUCUCCUCCCUUCAACUCAAAUGUAAACCCUCUCUUCCUUUCCCUAACAAAACCCCUCCCUUUUUGAGCCUCUCGCCCACACCCGUUUCUUCUUCUCUCAAACUGAAAGCCACCGCUAACAGCCUCAAAUUAUCAGCCCCUCAGACCCCCGCCACCGCCAUGCGAGGGGCUGAAACCGAUGCUAUGGGGUUGCUGCUGAGGGAGCGAAUUGUUUUCCUUGGCAACCAAAUUGAUGAUUUUUUGGCCGAUGCUAUUAUAAGUCAGUUGCUGCUUUUGGACGCUCAGGACCCUACUAAAGAUAUCAGACUAUUCAUUAAUUCCCCUGGUGGUUCUUUGAGUGCUACAAUGGCUAUAUACGAUGUAGUGCAGCUUGUGCGGGCUGAUGUUUCCACGAUUGCAAUUGGCAUCGCAGCAUCAACAGCUUCCAUUAUCCUUGGUGGUGGCACCAAAGGCAAGCGCCUUGCAAUGCCAAACACUCGGAUAAUGAUUCAUCAACCUCUAGGAGGUGCUAGUGGACAAGCUAUAGAUGUAGAAAUCCAAGCACGGGAAAUUAUGCAUAACAAGAACAAUGUGUCCAGAAUAAUUUCCGGUUUUACUGGACGUUCAUUUGAACAAGUAGUGAAGGAUAUUGAUAGGGAUCGGUAUAUGUCUCCAAUGGAAGCAGUUGAAUAUGGAAUAAUAGAUGGAGUCAUUGAUAGAGAUAUGAUUAUUCCAUUGGAACCAGUGCCGGAAAGAGUGAAGCCAAGAUUAAACUAUGAGGAAAUCAGUAAAGAUCCAAAGAAAUUCUUGACCCCUGAUAUUCCAGAUGAUGAAAUAUACUAGGUGCAAGAGGUUUAUGUUUUAAUGGGGCUUGCUUGUCCCUUGAUUUUCAAUUUGUGUUUGUCAAGUAGAUUUAUGUAUUGAAUUGCAAAACACAAAUAAGAACAUAUUGGUUGCUGCAUGCAUAAAGUGAAAUAGAUUAAUGUGAUUUAGAAACGAUUCGAAUAUUGUGGAAUGAAAUGGAGGCACAGACAUUUGGUUCAUUCA